GGUGUCAAGUAGUGACGUUACGCGUACACAGGUCCUGUAGCCGUGGCAGCAGCUGAGGCUGGCGGGCCAGGUACCGCUGCCGCGGAUCGAGAGAGAAGCUCUCUGCCAACCUCAACCUGGGCUGUCGCGCGCGCCGCCGCCGCCGCAGGGUCGGAAGCUAAACUGUGCUCCUCCAGGGCGGGUACCAUGUUGCACUCAUCUUUGUACCCCCAGCAUCUAGCGAUGUUGGCAUGUAGUAGGCACUCAAGAAAUAUGUGUUGAAUGAACGAUGCCUGUGACAAGCAACUGGACUUUAUUCUUUCCUGACCCUUGAUCCUAUGACACAUCUCCUCCUGGCUGCUACUGUCACUCCUUCAGAGCAGAUCUCUAGAGAACCUGGAAGGGAAACAGCGAUGGCCAAGGACAUCCUGGGUGAAGCUGGGUUGCACUUUGAUGAACUGAACAAGCUGCGGGUGUUGGACCCAGAGGUCAGCCAGCAGACCACAGAGCUCAAGGAAGAGUGCAAGGACUUCGUGGACAAAAUUGGCCAAUUUCAGAAAAUAGUUGGUGGUUUACUUGAGCUUGUUGACCAACUUGCAAAAGAAGCAGAAAAUGAGAAGAUGAAGGCCAUUGGUGCUCGCAAUUUGCUCAAAUCUAUAGCAAAGCAGAGAGAAGCCCAACAGCAGCAACUCCAGGCACUGAUAGCGGAAAAGAAAAUGCAGCUCGAAAGAAAUGAACUGAAAAUUUCAUUGUAUAGCAGGAGGGUAGAAAAACAAAAAAACCUCUGUACCAUUCCAGUGACUAAUGACCCAAGUAUAUCAUGUGAGAUGGUGUGUGAAGGAUGCAUCGUCUCUGAAGGCAAUAAAACAAAUCUGGGGCUGGGGGCUUGUUCCAGAUGCCAGUGCAUAUCUGGUAGAUAUCCCGCGACCGUGGUGGCCCAGGUUCUCACCUCUUGCGUUCUUAUUCUGAAAUAAGCAGUCUGUAAACUUUGAUUUUUUGUGUGUGUAAAUUCACAAAGCUUUGGAGAAAAAAAGCAAUAAAUUAUUGUUUUCAAAUGG